CGCAGAUUAUGGCAAGUACACCAACUUCCAAAUAGUGAGCUCGACUCAACUAAGUCAAAAAGGACAUCUAUUGAAUGCUGCGAUUAAACGCCGCUUGUGCGGGGUAACCCGACGGCCAAGACGUUACUGUAGGAAUUUACUGCAGCACCUCACUACUUUAUUCCAUAAUGCAGUUGGAUGGAUAAGCAGUUCAAAUAACGCCAUCUGUAGCAAACUGAGACCAUAUGGAAAGAUGCGACUUACUCGUCUUAUCUGUAACUUGGAAUAUGUGCGGAAUACACCAAAUUAUCGGCGACGGUAACUUUCGACGCCGACCACCGCGAUGGCGUCUUCUCGUGGGUACGUUUCCUAGUCAAAUCGGGCCCGUAAUCGACGACGUGAUCCACGAUGUUCCUGCUUCCAUCGGUGAAUCUGGGACAACUUUCGCCGUGAUUCCGUUCGAACCACAUCGUUGAAACGCACCAUCGCUCUUGAACCGCUCUUUGAAAUCGGACCCACGGAUCGCUGGUAGAAUGCCCGACUACGCCGUCGAAAGCUUCUCCAAUUUCACCAUCCCGUCCACGGAUUGUGCAAAGAAUGGUCGAAACAUGGUGAGCUUGCGAAAGAUUUCGCGGUGCUUGAAGACGCCGUGAUGGCCGACAAAAUCAUCAAGUGAAGUAUCAUGAAUGGCGGUUAUAUAAAACCGUCGAGCCCACGAGGUUGAUGGGGUAGUUUCAGUCGUGACACAACAGUUCAAUACCCUAAAUCCACCCAAAGCAAAAAAACAACAAUCUUUCAAAAUGGCUCCUUCCGUCGCAGAAAUCCAACAAGAGCAGGUCGCUCCAGUCGUCGCAAAGCAAGUCCCAGUAGUCGCAGUACCAGAGGCAGCAACAGAGGCAUCAGCAGAUGCUCCAGCCAGGAGAGUCCGCAGGCAAAUCGACGAAGAGGGAGGAACUACCACCGCAAAAUACCCACACUACCUUCCGGUUUACGACUAUGACCAGAAGUACGCGCCGCUCGAGCCAUUCGAGCACGUAGACCACGGUGUUGGCGCCGACCCAACCUUCAAGGAUCUCCUUGUCGAGGGUAGCAAAAUCACCAAGCUGACCCCCGCCACCGGCUCCGAAGUCACCGGCGUGCAGCUCAGCCAGCUCUCCGCCGCCGGUAAGGACCAACUCGCUCUUCUAGUCGCCCAGCGCAAGGUCGUCGCAUUCCGCGACCAAGACUUUGCCGACCUUCCCAUCAAAGACGCCCUCGACUUCGGCGGCUACUUCGGCCGCCACCACAUCCACCCCACCUCCGGCGCGCCAGAAGGCUACCCCGAGAUCCACCUCGUCCACCGCGUCGGCAGCAAAGGCGAACUUGACAACUUCUUCGCCGGCCGCAACAGCAGCGUAGCCUGGCACUCCGACGUCUCCUACGAGGCGCAACCCCCCGGAACCACCUUCCUCUACGUCUUCGACACCCCCGAGACCGGCGGCGACACCGCCUUCGUCAACCAAGUCGAGGCCUACAACCGCCUGUCGCCCGCCCUCAAGCAGCGCCUCCAUGGCCUCAAGGCCCUCCAUUCCGGCAUCGAGCAGGCCGAGUUCAGCCACAAGCGCGGCGGCGUCGUGCGUCGCGAGCCGGUCACCCAUGAGCACCCGAUUGUGCGCACGCACCCCGCUACUGGCGAGAAGGCGCUGUAUGUUAACUCGGGCUUCACGAGGAGCAUUGUGGGCUUCAAGAAGGAGGAGAGCGAUGCGCUUCUUGCUUUCUUGUAUGCGCAUAUUGCGCGCGGUAUCGAUUACCAGACUCGCGUGAGGUGGGCGCCUAAGACGGUCGUCGUGUGGGAUAACCGUGUCACCGCGCACUCAGCCGUCGUGGAUUGGACCACUGGUGAAAGGAGGCAUUUGGCACGCAUCCAGCCUCAGGCUGAGAGGCCGGUGGAGACUCCAUAUGUUCCGGAGACUGAGGCAUAAAGCAGGGUAGUGGAUAUAGCAGCGUUUGUAGUUUCUUGCUUAUAGCGG